CACCCCUUCCUCUCAGGAUCCCAACUGCACCAGCCCACCCGCCUCUCCCCAGUAGUGGGGGUGGGGGUGAGGCCAGUGCCAUAAGGUUCUCCGCAAAAGCUUGGGAAGACUAGUUAGUCCUCCCGGUUGUGGGCGUUGCCUGCUGCCCAGCCCUCCGCCCUCACCUGCAGCUUCAGCCCCACCAGGGGCGUCCCCAGGUGAGUCAAGCCCCGCCCACUGUCUGCCGGCCCCAGCCGGAAGCUUCCUCCACGGAGUGUGCACAGUUCCUACAGGAUCUGUGCCCCAGGGCUGCCUAUCACCUGGGAUCUGCUUGGAGCCAGGGCUCUUCUGGCCAAGCCAAGGCUCACGGUGUCUUCCAGCUACUCCAUGAGUGACACAAACCAAACCAUUGUGGGACCCUCGGAGCUCCCCACGCUAUCAGCCAUGACCCCUGGGCCAGGCUCUGGGGCCCGGGCAUGGCCUGUGCUGGUGGGGGUUGUGCUGGGAGCUGUGGUCCUCUCUCUCCUCAUUGCACUUGCUGCCAAAUGCCACCUCUGCCGCAAAUACCGCCUCAGCUAUCAGCAUCGCCCACUGCCCGGGACAAGGAAGGGGAUCUGUCCGGAGGCCGGUGAAGAUGAGGAUGAUGAUGGUUUCAUUGAGGACAAUUACAUUCAGCCUGGGGCCAGCGAGCUGGGGACAGAAGGUAGCAGGCACCAUUUCUCCCUCUGAGCCACGACCUUUGCACACCCUUUGCCUGACAGCUU